UUUAUCCCUGAGGUUAGGGGCGGGAGAUGAAUUUGGGACAGGUCAACAGUUCGAGCUUGGCCGGAACAACAGAAAGGUGACUUCUGUGUCACUGUCCCGGCAGGCGUCAUCUCUCCUACCAGCCCUCGGGUCAGCCCUGCGCCUCCCCCAGCUCCUCACGGGUUAACCCCCCUCGCAGCCUGCUCACUUCCCGGUGCCAAAGUGGGUGUUGCUGGAAUUCCUCUCUCCCUCUCCCGUAAUGAAGGGGCUGAGCUGUCCCUCCAAGGAGGGGGCAUGGUGUGGAUAAAAGAGACGAAAAAACAGGGGGAGGUUUCCAAAAAUAAAACCCUCUGGUUCCCCUACAGCAGGCUACAGCGUCGGGGAGAAGGCGCGAAGGUGCAGCAGCAGUGCGCGCCCAGCUGGAGACGAAGCGCGGACGCCAGGCUCAGCGCGCGCUGCCCCGGCCGCUCAAGUCGCGGGCCCUCGCCCCGGGGAGAGCCAUACCCGCAGUCUGUCGUGGGGCCCCCUAGACGCGGAGAAGCCGGACUCCACGAGGGGGCCGAGCGCAGCCGCAGCCGUCGAGGGCACUGAGUGCAAGCCCCGGGCUGUUCCGUGUGCGUACCUCUCUCCAGUGGCCCCGGGCACCAUGAAGUCAAGGGCCACCGACCGCUGUCUCGGGAGCGCCCUGCGGAACCCCUGGAGGAGCUUCCUCCUGCUCACCCUGGCUCUCUUCGUGGGCAUGGGUCAUGCUCAGAGGGUCCCGGUGGGAAGAUACGAGCCAGCUGGCAGGGACGCGAAUCGGCUUCGGCGCCCCGGGGGCAGCCACCCUGCAGCAGCUGCAGCCAAGGUGUACAGUCUGUUCCAGGAGCAAGACGCGCCCAUCCCGGGCUUGCAGCCCGCGAAGCGGGCCGAACCCGGCUUGGGGGGCCUCAGGAGGCCGGCCGACGCCGAGGCUAGGAGGCCGCCCCGCGCACAGCAGCUACGGCGAAUCCAGCCACCUGCGCAGAACUGGAGAAGCAGUUCCCUGGGCCAGCAGCAGCCCGCACCCCGGGCCCGGGCCGCCCCAGCUCUCCCGCGCCUCGGGACCCUGCAGAGGCCCGGGGCUGCGCCCCCAACUCCGCCGCGAGGGAGGCUUACGGGGAGGAAUGUCUGCGGGGGACAAUGCUGUCCGGGAUGGACAACAGCAAAUAGCACCAACCACUGUAUCAAACCCGUGUGCCAGCCGCCCUGCCAGAACAGAGGCUUCUGCAGCCGGCCCCAGCUCUGUGUGUGCCGCUCCGGCUUCCGGGGAGCCCACUGUGAGGAAGUCAUCCCUGAGGAGGAGUUUGACCCCCAGAACUCCAGGCUGGCCCCCAGACGCUCAGCCGAGAGGUCACCCAACCUGCACUGGAGCAGCACGGCCAGAGAAAGCCCUGCAAUCCUCAGAACGCAGCCCCCUGCCGGGAUCUUGAGUGGGCUCAGCCAGACCAACCCCUCCCCACAGCAUGUGGGGCUGUCCCGCACAGUCCGCCUUUACCCGACCGCUGCUGCCCGUGGCCAGCUGACUUCCAAUGCACUGCCUGCAGGGCCAGGCCUUGAGAGGAGGGAUGGUGCCCAGCCAGCAGCAUAUCCGAACCACCUGUCAUCCCCCUGGGGGCUGAACCUCACAGAGAAAAUUAAGAAGAUCAAGAUUGUCUUCACCCCUACCAUCUGCAAGCAGACCUGUGCCCAUGGGCACUGUUCCAACAGCUGUGAGCGCGGUGACACCACCACCCUGUAUAGCCAGGGCGGCCACGGGCAUGACCCUAAGUCUGGCUUCCGCAUCUACUUCUGCCAGAUCCCCUGCCUGAAUGGAGGCCGCUGCAUUGGCCGGGAUGAGUGCUGGUGCCCGGCCAACUCCACCGGGAAGUUCUGCCACCUGCCUGCCCCGAAGCUGGACAGGGAGUCUCCAGAGAGGGGCUCCCAUCCCAGGGACCUGCUGGAAGUGCCCUUGAGGCAGUCCACCUUCACACUGCCUCUCUCCAACCAGCUGGCCUCCGUGAACCCCUCUUUGGUGAAGGUGCACAUCCACCACCCACCGGAGGCCUCUGUGCAGGUCCACCAGGUGGCACGGGUACGGGGUGAGGCCCCGGAGGAGAACAGCGUGGAGACCAGACCUUCACCCCGGCUCCCUGCCAGACCCGGCCAGGGCCACUGGGGCAGUAACAUCAUCCCCACUCGGACCAGAGAGGCCCCUCGGCCCCCGGUGGUGCCCAGGCCUCAGGGACUGCUGGGCCGCUGCUACCUGAGCGCUAUAAAUGGACAGUGUGCCAACCCCCUGCUGGAGCUGACUACCCAAGAGGACUGCUGUGGCAGUGUGGGAGCCUUCUGGGGGGUGACCUCAUGUGCCCUGUGCCCACCCAGACCAGCCUCCCCCGUGAUUGAAAAUGGCCAGCUGGAGUGUCCCCAGGGGUACAAGAGACUGAACCUCACUCACUGCCAAGAUAUCAAUGAGUGCUUGACCCUGGGCCUGUGCAAGGACUCGGACUGCGUGAACACCAGGGGCAGCUACCUGUGCACCUGCCGGCCUGGCCUCAUGCUGGAUCCCUCCAGGAGCCGCUGUGUGUCGGACAAGGCUGUCUCCAUGCGGCAGGGGCUGUGCUACCGGUCACUGGGGCCUGGAACCUGCACCCUGCCUUUGGCCCAGAGGAUCACCAAGCAGAUAUGCUGCUGCAGCCGAGUGGGCAAAGCGUGGGGCAGCAAGUGUGAGAAAUGCCCUCUGCCUGGCACAGAGGCCUUCAGGGAGAUCUGCCCUGCUGGCCACGGCUACACCUACUCAAGCUCAGACAUCCGCCUGUCCGUGAGGAAAGCCGAGGAGGAGGAACUGGCCAGGCCCCUGAGGGAGCACAGGCAGCAGGGGCCAGAGGAGAGACAGCCACUCCGGGCAGCCACCGACACCUGGCUGGAGGCUGGGACCAUCCCCGACAAGGGUGACUCUCAGGCUGGCCAGGUCAGAACCGGUGUUACCCAAGUUCCUGCCUGGGCCCCAGGAGAUGCUGUAGGAAGACCAACGCUGCCACUGCCUGGACAGGGGACCCCAGAGACACGGGAAGAAGAGCAAGAGACGACUCCCACCGAAGUGCCAGUGGUACUGGGCCCCUCAGCUCCCACAGGCCUUGACAGAUGUGCCGCUGGGUCCACCAACAUCUGUGGCCCUGGAACCUGUGUGAACCUCCCAGAUGGAUACAGAUGCCUAUGUAGCCCUGGCUACCAGCUGCACCCCAGCCAGGCCUACUGCACAGAUGACAAUGAGUGUCUGAGGGACCCCUGCAAGGGAAAAGGGCAUUGUGUCAACCGCGUGGGCUCCUAUUCCUGCUUCUGCUACCCUGGCUACACACUGGCCACCUCGGGAGCCACACAGGAAUGCCAAGACAUCAAUGAAUGCCGUCACCCCAGCACCUGCCCUGAUGGGAGAUGCGUCAAUUCCCCCGGCUCCUACACUUGUCUGGCCUGCGAGGAGGGCUACAGGGGCCAGAGCGGGAGCUGUGUAGAUGUAAACGAGUGUCUGACCCCUGGGGUCUGUACCCAUGGAAGGUGCAUCAACCUAGAGGGCUCCUUUAGAUGCUCUUGUGAGCAGGGCUACGAGGUCACCUCAGAUGAGAAGGGCUGCCAAGAUGUCAACGAGUGUGCCAGCCGGGCCUCCUGCCCCACGGGCCUGUGCCUCAACACUGAGGGCUCCUUCGCCUGCUCGGCCUGUGAGACUGGGUACUGGGUGAAUGAGGAUGGAACUGCCUGUGAAGACCUAGAUGAGUGUGCCUUCCCGGGAGUCUGCCUGUCAGGAGUCUGCACCAACUCCGAGGGGUCCUUCUCCUGCAGGGACUGUGGCGAGGGCUACAGGCCUAGCCCCCUGGGCCACACCUGCAAAGACGUGGACGAGUGUGAAGACCCCCAGAGCAGCUGCCUGGGAGGCAUGUGCAGGAACACAGUGGGCUCCUACCAGUGCCUCUGUCCCCCGGGCUUCCAGCUGGCCAACGGCACCAUCUGUGAGGACGUGGACGAGUGUGUGGAGGAGGAGUACUGCGCACCCCGCGGCGAGUGUCUCAACAGCCACGGGUCCUUCUUCUGUCUCUGCGCACCGGGCUUUGCCAGUGCAGAGGGGGGCACCAGCUGCCAGGAUGUGGACGAGUGUGUGGUCACUGACCAGUGUCUGGGAGGCCAGUGUGUCAACACUGAGGGCUCCUUCAACUGUCUGUGCAAGACCGGCUUCCAGCCCUCCCCAGAGAGUGGGGAGUGUGUAGAUAUUGACGAGUGUGAGGACUACAGAGACUCCGUAUGUGGAGCCUUGAGGUGUGAGAACAGCCCUGGCUCCUACCACUGUGUCCUGAGCUGCCAGCCUGGCUUCCACCUGGCCCCAGCUGGAGACUGCAUUGACAUAGAUGAGUGUGCCAACGACACCAUGUGUGGGAGCCACGGCUUCUGCGACAACACUGAUGGCUCCUUCCGCUGCCUCUGUGACCAGGGCUUUGAGACUUCGUCCUCCGGCUGGGACUGUGUUGACGUGAACGAGUGUGAGCUCAUGCUGGCAGUGUGUGGGGCGGCGCUCUGUGAGAACGUGGAGGGCUCCUUCCUGUGCCUCUGUGCCAGCGACCUGGAGGAAUAUGACGCUCAGCAAGGGCACUGCCGCCCUCGUGUGGCUGGAGGUCAGAGCAUCCCUGAGGCCCUGCCAGGGGACCACCCUCCAGGCCCCAUCCGCAUGGAAUGCUACUCUGGGCAGAAUGGCCAGCUGCCCUGCUCCAGCCUUCUGGGCCGGAACACCACGCAGGCCGAGUGCUGCUGCACCCAGGGCCACGCCUGGGGAGACACCUGUGACCUGUGCCCAGUCGAGGACUCAGCUGCGUUCAGCGAGAUCUGCCCCAGUGGUAAAGGCUACAUCCCUGUGGAAGGAGCCUGGAUGUUUGGACAGACCACGUACACAGAUGCCAAUGAGUGUGUGAUGUUCGGGCCUGGUCUGUGCCAGAAUGGCCGGUGCCUCAACACAGUGCCUGGCUACAUCUGCAUGUGCGAUCCUGGCUACCAGUACAAUGCAGAGCGCAGGAAGUGUGAGGAUGUCGAUGAGUGCCAGGCCAUGGCCUGUGAGAAUGGCGAGUGUGUGAACACAGAAGGCUCUUUCCACUGCUUCUGCAGCCCCCCGCUCACCCUGGACCUCAGCCAGCAGCACUGUGUGAACAGCACCAGCAGCACAGAGGACCUGCCUGACCAUGACAUCCACAUGGACAUUUGCUGGAAAAAAGUCACCAAUUAUGUAUGCAGCCAACCCCUGCAUGGCCAUCGCACCACAUACACAGAAUGCUGCUGCCAGGAUGGCGAGGCCUGGAGCCAGCAGUGUGCCCUGUGCCCCCCCAGGAGCUCUGAGGUCUAUGCUCAGCUGUGCAACGUGGCCCGGAUUGAAGCAGAGCGGGAGGCUGGGGUCCACUUCCGGCCAGGCUAUGAAUAUGGCCCUGGGCCUGAGGACCUGAACUACAGCCUCUAUGGCCCAGACGGGGCCCCCUUCUACAACUACCUGAGCCCUGAGGAUGCCAUCCCUGAGCCACCUUUCCCUAACACAGCUGACCACCCAGGGGACCACUUCCCAGUCCUUGAGUCUCCCCUGCGGCCUUCAGAACUCCAGCCCCACUAUGUGGCCAGCCAUCCAGAGCACCAGGCUGGCUUCGAAGGGCUUCAGGCAGAGGAAUGUGGCAUUCUUGAUGGCUGUGAGAAUGGCCGCUGUGUGCGUGUGCGGGAGGGCUACACCUGUGACUGCUUUGAGGGCUUCCAGCUGGACACGGCCCACAUGGUCUGUGUGGAUGUGAACGAGUGUGAUGACCUGAAUGGGCCUGCUGCAGUCUGUGCCCACGGUCACUGUGAGAACACAGAAGGCUCCUACCGCUGCCACUGCUCCCCAGGCUUUGUGGCGGAGGCCGGCCCCCCACACUGCACUGCUAAGAAGUAGCAGUGAGGAGUCUGUGUGAGCAGCUACCUGGAAAUGGCCCCAGCCACAGGCGAGGAAGCUUUCGAGCUGGGAAGACACCAUGAAGACAUCAGGCGGGAGGCCCUGCAGCCCAGCUCCCAGUCAGCCUUGCCAGCUCUUCACCUCUCUGAGCUUGGGCUCUGGCUGGGAGCUUCUGUCACUGCCUCCAUGCCACAUGCCCUUGCUUGGCUCAAACACCACCAAAUGCUUUAAUGCUUCAGCCACUGACCAUGAGGCCCAGCCUGCUAUCUGUCCUGGCCUUGCCAAAGGAUGCUUACCAAAGGAUGGUCCUCCACCCCCUCGAGCUGUGCAAACACACAAGGUCCUUCGGCCUCAUGCUGCAGACACCUUUCCAGCCAUGAUCCACACUUCAUCCUGAUGAUUCCACAACUGGGCUACAUCUGCCCGUGGAUGGUCCUUCAGUACCUACUGAGCAAAAAAGGACUGAGGAACUUUGGGGAGUGGCUGCAUUGCCUCCUCCUGAGAACCAUCACCGCCACUCGGCCAAUCUAGUCUGGGCCAUAUUUUGCCACAUCUCCAUCCUCUAGCCAGUUCAGUGGCCCCAGGGAGGAGCAGAAGAUCCCCUCAUCUCAGAGAAGACUGAAGUGAGAUGGCUGAGUAUAAGAGGCACAAAUGAGGGGAGCAAGGAGCCUGCAAAAGCAGCAAGAGGACAGUAUGAAAAACACAAAGAAUUGGUAAGAAAGGGGGAGCCUGGGCCUUACACAAGGCUAAAGAAAAUAUUCAGUAGCUUCAGGUAAAUAAACAUUCAAAAUCUCCCCAGCAAUAGCUCCUGUGCACCACAGCAAGUGCUGCCACAAGACAGGGUGCCCACCUCCAAAGACUUGUAUUAAGUACCUAUUGCUUCUUACAAGAAACAAGUCUCUCCUAGGCUCUCCUCCUGUGGACACCAAUUUGGUGUGCUAAAAAUAAAAAGGUCUAUUUUCUAGCUUGAAAACAGGUAUAGGCUUGUUUAGAGGAAGCCAGAUUUUCUAUGUUGUUUGUCUACUCAGAAGCCUCAGCCCCCUUCCUCUUUGUGAAACAGACAGCUGGCAACCCUCUGAGUUGGCAAGUAGAGACCCACCCCAACCUUGGCUAGCUAGGAGUUUAGGACCACGGUGGAAUAAAUAAAUGUACAUCUGGGCUCUUCUGUUUUUGUUUUAUUUCAUAUUAAACCAAAUUUCUUUACCAUAUUGGCUGUCUAAAUAUUACAUAUGAAGCUGUGCUACCCCCCUCACCAGCUCUGCCAAUAGCCUCUGACUGGGCUCCAAUGGGAAAAGGUUCUUUACCUUCUAAGACAAGGAAACUCUGAUUUUGGACGUCUCUGUUGAAUGGCAAUGUAAAUGAACAAGGCUGUGUGCCUGGAGAUAGGGAGAUGAAUGCUAUUUUCUUAAUUUAACCUGUCCUGUCCUACCUGCUGCUCUGAUUGUCAGCUAUCACAUAACUUAUUGAAUGCUUGCUAUGUGCCAGGCACUAUGUUGAGUGCUGUACACCAAAUAUAUUUAAUCAUCCAACAAUCCUACUUACUAUUUUUAUUCCCAGUUUAUAGAUGAAGAAAUUGAGAUAUACAAAGCCUAAAUAAUUUGCUCUAGGUCACUAUACUAGUUGAGAUGUUUUCAGCAGACCAACUACAUAGUUCUUAAAACAUACGAAAAUUCUGACCUCCAUUCAUAGUAAAAGAAAUGAGAGUUUUUAAGACCAUACUGAGACACUUCUUAAAAAAUUGUCAGAUUGGCAAAGACCAAAAAGUUUGUUUAGACUCCUAGUUGGCAAGGGUCUGGGGAAUGAGGCACUCACACACAUAACUGACAGAAGAAAUUCAUACAACUUCUGAAGAGGAUAAUAUGGCAAUGUCUUUCAACAUUACAAAAGCACUUACUCUUGGAAUCAGUAAUUCCAAUUCUAGGAAUUUAACCUUUCAGAUAUAUUCUCACCAAAUGUGAAAUGACAAAUGUAAGAGGUUAUUUAUUAUAGCAUUUAUUUUUAACAGUAAAAGAUUAGAAAUCAUUAAUUUCUAUGCAGCCCUCAAAAGGAAAAAAGAAGUGGCUUUAAGUGCCCUCAUAAGAAAUCCAGAAUAGAUCAAGGGAAAAAGGAAGGUUGUGUAUAACAACAUUUACCACAUACUGUUAUUUGUCUAAAGAAAGGGGAAAGAGAAUUGGGUAUCUGUUAACCUCACCCUUGUCACUCUACCUUAUAUCCAACAUUCCAGAGAAAUUCUGAUCACUCCUCAGGAUACCCUGCUGACACUGUACCUACUUAAAUGCUGUUCCCACUGCCCCUCCUCCCAACCCUCACUUUCCUGCUUGCCCCUCCAGAGAUAUUUCACACAUAUAUACAUAUUUCCUUGAAUCAAAAACACAAACAGCAUUUUCUGCAUACUGUUCUACACUUUGCUUUUUUCACUUAAUAUACUUGCACAUAAUAAGCUCAUUCUAACUAUAUGCUAUUUCACUGACUGGAUAAAUCAUAAUUUAAUCAGUCCCCUAUUGAUGAACAUUUCCAUUGCUUCCUAUCUUUUGCUAUUAUAAAUAAUGCUGUAAUGAAUAUUCUUGUCCAUGUUAUUUCACAUUUUACGUAUGGGAUUCUACCUAUGGUACACAUUCCUAGAAAAAAUGGUGGUUUGUGGGAGGGCAACAGGGUGGAUGGGAAUAGGAUUGGGAGACUGUUCACUGCAUCCACUGUAUCCUCUUCUGUGUCUCUUUGACUUUUGUACCAUAUGUAUUACCUAUUCAAAAAAAAUAAAAUAUUUUUAAAUACA